AUGAAUAUCACGACUAUGUUCGGGCCGCCACCGGCUGGCGUCAACCUCAAUGACAAUAGAGUUUGGAAGGACAACACAAUUGUGGCCGUGCUAUGCGCGCUUGCUUUUAUCACAGUGCUCAUGCGUUACUUUGUGAGGCUCUACCUCCAGGGGAUGAAAUUAGGUGCCGAUGAUUUUUUCGUUGGUGCAUCGGUUGCGGUUCUAGUGGUAUUGGUCUCUAUAUCUGUCUUCAGUGGCCACCAUGGGCUUGGUCGGCAUGUUUGGAGCACAACUUUGGAGCACAUGGUCACCAUAAAAAAAGGACUUUUUGCCUACGUCCUGAUAUACCUCGUCGAGCUGCUCAUUAUAAAAGUCUCGAUUUUGAUGUUCUAUCGCCGAGUUUUUAACAUGAACUGGAUGAUAUGGACAUGUCUCAUUUUUUCAUGCUGCUGGUGCACAGGCAGCAUGAUUGCAGCUCUUUCGGCCCCGAAGCCGAUCUCAUACUUUUGGAGCGAAAUGAUCAACCCUUCGUCUGGAAUAUGGCGAUAUAACUUUUAUUACUACUAUAUCGGCAACGCAGCAUCCAACGUGAUAUUAGAUGUUCUGAUCUUUAUAACCCCAAUACCUGUGGUGUGGAAGCUCCAGAUGCGAACCGGUCAGAAAAUCGCUAUAUGCAGUCUCUUCCUCCUUGGUGGAUUUGUAUGUGUCGCAAGCAUCGUCCGCAUCCAUUAUCUUACCUUCUUAAACGGCACCGAAGAUGUGACAUGGACAUUAAGCGAAGUGGCCGUGUGGUCAGUGGUUGAGCCGGCCAUCGGAAUCAUUUGCGCCUGUCUACCAUACCUACAGCCGCUGAUUCGAUCGACUAUCCGAAAAAUUUACAGCCAGCGUUCAAGAACAGGACGCAUUUCUUCAUCAAUACCAAAGUUAAAUGCCUCGCAAAGGCAUACGACCAGCAAACGGAGUGACCGUCAUGAGGCGUGGCACGGACAGACGCAGCAAGGACAUUUAAGGUCGAAACCUCUUUUCAUCUCAGACGAUGAUUGCAUGCGUUUGACCGCUCUCUCGACUCGUGUUGAGAUGGAAGACUCAAAUGACCGCGAGAGUGUCGAAGGGAAUCUUGACCCUAUGUCUAUUCGUGUGAAGAAAGAUGUCCAUUGGACCGUGGGCUAG